CCCUUAUCCAUUCAUUUCAAUUUCCUAACCUGUCAAACAACAAACAGUAGUCGUUGACUUGGGUCUUGCUUUAUAUUCUUUUGAUUAUAAAUCUAAUCUCGAAACAGUCUUACCUUCCCAUUAGACAUCAUGAUGACUGUUCUUUCUGAAUUCCUAGAAGGAUCAUCAUACUCUUUACAUACUCAUGGUCUUAAACAUGACGUAUUUUUAAGUUUUAGAGGUUGUGACACUCGUCAUAGUUUCACCAAUCACCUUCAUAAGGCCCUCAUCGCCGCCAAUAUUACCGUCUUCUUCGAUGAUGAUGAGAUUAAAACUGGAGAAGAUCUGAAACCGGAAUUGGAGAGUGCAAUUAAAGCAUCUAGGGUUUCUAUUAUCAUUUUGUCCAAGAAUUACGCUGAUUCGUCAUGGUGCCUUGAUGAAUUGUUGUUGAUCCUUGAGCAACGUAGGACAUCCAACCAGAUUGUUAUCCCCAUUUUCUAUCAUGUUGAGCCCACCCAUAUCAGAAAGCAAGAAUGCACCUUUGGACUUGCAAUGGAUAAGCACAGGCAGCAGAUGGAGGCACAGACAAAUGCAAAUAAAAAAAGUCAAAUGGCUCAAAAGAUCGGUCGUUGGAGGAGAGCACUUACAAAAGUUGCUAAUAUAAGCGGAGAGAACGUAAAGGGCUGGCUAGAGGCGGAGUUCAUUGAUGAGAUUGUUAAGGACAUUUGUCGUAGAUUACAGAUACCCUUAAGAAAUGCAGAAAUUCGCAAGCAACACUUUGUAAGGAACGAGGUACUCGGGUCAUCUUUAAAUGACAAAAUGUCGUUUGGAUCACUAAAGAUUCUUAAUUUAGGUUUCUGUGAACAACUCCAUAUAGUGUCUGGCUUUGACGAACUCCCUGCUCUAGAGAGAUGUAUUAUGAAUUUGGAAUCUUCAGCACAAUUUAUGGAGGCAAAGAGAUGCCGAAUUGGAUCAGGCGUAGAAGUAAGCAGGCAUCAGUAUCAUGUACCAUACCAUCAUCUCGUAAUAAGGUGGAGAUUGCCAAAUAUUGUUAAGCCACUGGAUGUUUGGGAUGAAUGA